AUGAAUCCCAAACCAUACUGGAUUUUGCGCCAUCACGGUUCAUCGUCCAUACGCGCGCUUCACCAUGCUCACAACCUGCUCGCUGUCGGCGACGAGUGCGGAUGCGUCUCGCUGGUCGACUUGGCGGUUUUGAGACGCCGGUUUACGUGGACACCACAUACGGAUUCGAUUUUGACAGUCGUCGUCGUAGAUGCGCAGCACGUCGUGACACACGCGAGAGAUAACACGUUGAAGCUCUGGAGGCUGCCUAGCACUCUGACGGCUUUGGGAAGCGGUGAUGGAAUGAUGAGCAAUGAUGUGGGUCACUCAACGUCGUCGGCUCCACUACCAGAGCUGGUGCGAGACAUCGGAGUAAACGCGCUCAACUUUGCCAAAUGUUCGAUGCUCGACAACUCACUCGCUGUCCCCAACGCACUCGACGCAGCCUACAUCGAUAUUAUCGACCUUACGACUGGUGUGCGAACGCACGAGGCGAUCGGUCGUCCAGACAUACAACAUGCUUCAGGCAAGCGCCUGCCGAUUGUCAUGUCGCUGCACCUGCUAUCGUCACAAGAGCUGGUUGCCGGGUACGAAGACGGGUGCGUGAAAAAAUGGUCGCUGCACGACAGUCAGCUGGUAUGGCAAGCCAGAUGCCACAGCGAAUCAGUCAUGGCUCUCGCCGUCUCAGAGACGCGAUUUGGUAUCUCGGUCGGCGCAGACGAUCGUCUUGCACGCUUCGACCUGAGCACGGGAGAGACUACCUUAACGCAGACCGACACCGCAGGCAAAUCAAGCACCGCCAUCGCGCCCGACGCCCUCACUUUCGCCGUGGGCGCUUGGGACGGAUCAAUCACCGUCUAUUCCACAGCUGACUUGUCCAGAUUAGGCUCGCUCGACUACCACAAAGACACGGUCGAGUGCCUCGCCUUUGCGCGCGUCAAGAUCCCCAACAAGGAUGAUGAUUCCGAUUCCGAUUCCGAUUCCGAUUUCGAUUCUGAUUCCGACGAUAACGAUGGCGAUGGCGAUGGCCAUGACAAAGUACCAUCGCAAGGCGUCUCGCAUUCGGCGCACCAGCUCAUCUUGGCUGCAGGCGGACGAGAUGGCAAGGUUUCUCUCUGGACUUACCACUGA